AGUAUUUAUGAAAACCUGGCUAGGACCAUAAACUAUUCAAUUAAUGCAAACACAGUCCUUUACUUUUUCCUCUAUCAGUCUGAAAAUAAGGCACAGAGGGACCCAUGCAGAGACCUUUUCCUUUGGGCUGUCAUCCAGAACAAUAAGGAGCUGGCUGAAAUUGCCUGGGAGCAGUGUACAGACUGCAUGUGCGCUGCUCUGGCCGCCAGUAAGAUCCUUAAGAAAAUGGCAGAGGAAGGAAGUGAUGCAGACGAGGCAAAGGACAUGCAGGCGCUUGCCAGUCACUAUGAGAAGCACGCCAUUGGUGUGUUCAGCGAAUGCCACAGCAGUGAUCAGGAGCGUGCUCAGAAGCUGCUGGUUCGUGCAUCACCGUUCUGGGGAAGGACAACAUGCCUGAGGCUGGCACUGGAGGCUGACGAUAAAAGCUUUGUAGCUCAGUCAGGUGUUCAGGUGCUUUUGACUCAGAUCUGGUGUGGUGAACUUUCAGUGGACAAUCCUGUGUGGCGAGUGAUGUUCUGCAUGGUCUUCUUCCCUCUUAUCUAUACUGGCUUUCUGGUUUUCAGGUCACUAUUAUCAGUUGUUUAA